GGAAGCGUACCGUAUGUUGCUUUCUAGGUGCAAUUCAUUCUGCGUUGUGCCUGAAGGCAUUGGGAAAAAGGAUUCAAGGAGGUGCAUCCGGUGAACGCGCAAUCCUGAUUUUUUGAAGGAGAUAUGUUAGCAGCAAAUUUUGAUGAGGAUAGAAAUGCUGUGGUGGAAGAACAUAGAAUAUGGCCAAAUGGACGUAUUCCUUACACAAUUGAUCCAGAACUAUAUCCACAGAUACCACUAAUCCAAGAAGCCAUGCAACACUACGCAAACAAAACUUGCAUCCGGUUUGUAUCCAAAGAAAAAAGCGACAAGCAAUGCGUUCGUAUUUAUCCUGGCAAUGGAUGUUAUUGGAAUCCCCGAAGUGAUCGGCUAUCUCUUGCAGCAGGAUGCUACAACUUUGGGACCGUUGUCCAUGAGCUGGGGCAUUCCGUUGGUUUGUUCCAUGAGCAAAGAAGAGCAGAUAGAGAUGACUAUGUGAAUAUUCAUUGUGAAAAUAUACUGCCCGGCAAGGAAGAUCAGUUUGAGAAGCUGCCGCGGAUACAAAACCAACUGCUCACACCCUUUGAUUACGACUCUAUUAUGUUGUAUGGAGAAGGUUAUUUCAGUAAAAGUCCUGGCUUGAAAACUAUGACUGCUAAAGACGGCAGGAAAUUGAAGGACGUGGCGGAUAAGCCUGGGCUCAGUGAAAGCGACAUUAUCAGAAUUUCCAAGCUGUAUAAUUGCUGAUUUGCAUUUCAUUAUAGAGAAUUAAUAUUUAGAAAAAAAAAAGAAAAAAAA